AUGAAAGCACAUAUCAAAACAACGCAUCAUCAGGCAAAGGGCAAGGAUUUUGGUGUCCGGGAGCAGAUCUUUUUCCCUUCACUAUCUCCCGAACCGGAGUUGGACGAAGGUGAACUCCCCUCACCUGGUCUUCGAUCUCAGCCUACCUCUCCUCCUUCACUGGGCGAUGAUCUUACCGGUCCCCCACUCUCACGCGCUCCUUCUGUGGGCCCAGCCUCAGCGGAGCUGUACGAAAAACGUACCCUGGAGUACUCUCCGUUCCAACAAUCACGCCCUCCCUCUCCGAACCUAGCCUCGGAUGAAAGUUACAAAGACCAUCCCUUGGAGUAUAUAUCACCUCCUCCUUCUCCGAACCCCGUCUCGGUGGAAAAUGACAAAGAGGUUCCAAUGGAGGGUAUAUCACGCGCUCCUUCUCCGAACUCAUCCUCGGUGGAAAGUACGGAAGAACUAUUGGAUUAUGAAUCGCUCCCUGCCUCACCGGCAUCUGCGCUGGUUGAACCGUCUCUUGGUUCAGCUUGCCAGAGUCUUGACUUAAACGGCGAGGUCGAAGAUUCACCUUGGCUCACUAGACUCAACCUCCGCCUUAAUGUGAUGUACAAGGUUCUCUUGUGCAUUACAUGCGAGUGCGCUUGGACUCCAGCUCAUGUGAAAGGACAUCUGAAGCGCCACGGAAUCGUCUUGAGCCCAGACGACAUCGCUUCUAUAGAUCGUCUCGUAGAUGAAGGGCGACUUCUUCCGACUGACGAUGUUUCCAAGCCUACCGAGAUAGGCAAAGCCGUCGAAGGCCUUAAAGUCCAUCCUGUCAAAUACUGUUGCUCCGUCAAGGGUUGCAACUUUGGAGCCCCCGGGCAAAGCACCUUUCGAAUUCACUACUCCACGCAUUCAAAUGCAGAGAAGUGCGGUGCCACCGCAUUAACAGCCGCGAAGGAUGGUUUCGUGCAAACCUUUUUCGACCCGUCUCCACAACGCUUCUUCCAGGUCUUAGCUCCGCCUCGUCCAACGAUGGCUCAUGAUCCCUUCUCGGUAUACUUAGAAAAGGUUAAGCCUACUUUGCGCAAGCCGGACGUCAUUUCUCCGGCGGCAAAUGACCUUCAUCGCCCUCUGCACUUGCGCGUGACCAAUUGGGACAAAUACUUGGAGAAAUGGACCGCAAAUCGCAGGAUACUUAGGCCAGUGAUGGCGAUGAUGGAUCUCCCGAGCCGUCCAAAGGAUGCAAUAGACCCGUUCGCUGAGGUUAUGCCCUUAUGCGUAAAGUACGUAACAGAUACUGGUGUUAGAAUCAAAAACACUCCCCUCGACGUCCGCAAAGCGCUCGAAAGCUGGCCGAUCGCCCAUGGUAGCAAAGCGUUCCGAGUCCACGGCAAGCCUGAGACAGUUACAGAUUAUUCCCGAUUUCUGGCUCAGAUCGUUGUAGCCGCAUUGCGUAUGCUCUCGGAAAAUCAAACAGAUUACUCCUGGCCUCUUGACCCUGCGGAGAAAGAUCGAGGAGCAGCGUUAUUGAAGGCACUUGAAGAACCAAACAAGACGUCUGCCGCCUUGGACGCCCUCCACGCCUUCAUAUACCCCUUCUUUUCCGCCUUCGACUUUACACGUCCGUUCGAUGCCUCUGAUAAGUUUAGCCAGCUUAUCGAAUGCGCUUAUGCACUCAAUGCGUUACGAGAAGAUGGCACCUUCCUUCCGCCACACUUGCUUACUGGUUACUUCGCCAAAACCAAGUACUUAUGCCGGAUUAUUGUUUGGUUCGAGGCAGACCGUCAUCUAGGCGAAUUUGGCAAUAAUCCUUCGAAGGCGAUUGCGCAUUAUGUUAUCAAGGACUUGGCCCCUGGAACUAACUCCGCUUUCUCAGUGGCCAACGACUAUGCAGGGUAUUACGCCAGCCUGGUGGAGUUGACCACAACGCCACCCAUUUGCAAAGUGGAGAGUGACGGCAGUAGGAUCUCGUACAAGGAGAGCCAGAUAGUUGUUCCAGAUUAUGUGGCUGGAUUGAACGAUAUGGCCAACGACAUCGAGCGGAAGAUCGUAGACCUCUUCCGUGGGCAAGAUAUCGACUUGCAAAUUCCAGGCGAUGCUGUCGAGGACUGGAACACGACAUCUCGAGGGCAAGGCUACUUCAGCGAUAUCUCCAAGCUGGUUACGCGAAGCGAUCAACUCAUGGAUAUCCAUCUGAAGGACGAGGACCUGAAGCUGAUGAAAGUCAGCAGCUCAGGAGACCCCUUGUGGAAUAUGGACGCUGUUCACAAGGUUCUAAAACAAACUGCUGAUAUCACUGACUUAAUCUCCGUCUAUGCGCUGAAUACUUGCGGGCCACAUCCACGCGGAACGGAGUUCAUGGAGCACAAGAUAGUCAACUCAGUUCGCCCUCGCAAUAUCUUCGUCAACAACGAGAAGAUGUACUUCGUCACACGGCGAGUCAAGAACGAAAGCGAGAUAGGUCACGAGUCAUUCAUCGUCGAGCUGGCCCAUCCUCGCCUUCGCUCCAUGAUACUCAAGCUCAUUGUCGGCAUACGUCCGAUGGAACAAGUACUUGUGCGAAUUGCAUAUUCGGAAGAGGUCGGUCAGCGCUACGACGAGUAUCUCUAUCCGCCAUAUUGUACGGAAAAAGACAGCUCAAAGUUCAGCAAUCUUCUGCAAUCGCUGCUGUGGAAGUACUGUCGCAUCAAAAAUGCCGGCCUUAGAAAUAUGCGCCAGCUGACCGUCGAGCUUGGACGCGUAUACCUGGGCAACGACUUUGUCCAGAAAAGCUUCGACGUCGAUGAUGUACUCGCUCGGCAGCGGGGCCAUUCUCUGGCUGUCGAGCGCAAGAUGUACGCCCCCGAGAUGAACCAUCUCCCUGCCAUGUCAAGCGACGCUCUUCAGGACUAUGAAGCUGCUUCUAUGGCAUGGCAUCACGUGCUUGGCUGUGCUCCCGGUUUGCCGCCUCUUGUUCCUUGCUGCCUUCGCAAGAAACUGAUGUACGAGGCGAAACGAGGCAUAUAUCCACCGGUUGAGCCCGAUAUCAACGGUUCUACUCCCGAUCAGAGCGUGGAUAUGCAGGCUAUCUGUGGGAUGUUCAUUGAAACGCAAUCCAUGCUCACCAGAACGCUUGCAUCCUUCAAGACCGAUACGCGCAACGAGAUAAAGCAGUCAAUUGCUGACGCUAUGGUGGAGUUUGCGCGCCAUGUCCCACUCCCAACACCGGUUACACACCAUACCCAUCCUCCUGCAGCACCUACGCCAUCCGCAUUCCAAUCUCCUCCAGUUAUGCCGCUUGAUCCAGUGAACGUAGACAUGGACGGCGAUAUACCAGAGAUUUCGGAGCAACUUCUGUCGGACCAUCGAAAUCUACAGCAGACUCAAAUCACAGUCGACGGGCCAGGUUAUGCUCUCGACCUACUCCGUUGCUUGCUCAAAGACGAGUCAGCCGCCUUUCGCUCCAUUCAACAGCGCCAGAUUGUCGAAGCCGCGCUUGCAGCGACAGAGAAUUUUGUUGGUAUCUUACCAACAGGUGGCGGCAAAAGCCUUGCGUACCUACUGCCGGCGUUGAAAGAGGCCGAGUUAGGAAAGCUCACCAUGGUCAUAAUUCCGAACCAGGUCCUACUUCGUGAUCAGCUUGCGAAGGCUGCGUCGUUUGGGCUCAAAGUAAAACACUUCAAGGCCACCGACCGUGAAAUCGGGGACUCCAACCUCAUAUUCGUCGCUCUGGAAACCGCUACAUCUCCCGUUUUUGGCCAAUUUUAUGCGGACCAGCAGCACCGGCUUGUACGGGUGGUAAUUGAUGAGGCGCACCAGGUUAUGACACAAAGUGGCUUCCGCACCAAGUUUGCGAAGCUUUGUACGCUUGCCGACUAUCCAAUCCAAAAAAUCUAUCUUACCGCAACUCUUCCGGUCGACAAGCAGGAAACCCUGCUUGCUAUGGUCGGCGCACAUCUUAAGACCCGCUUUAUCCGUGCACCGGUCUACCAGCCUCGCAUUCGCUACAUGAAGGUCGCCAUCGAUAGCUCCCUCACUCCUCUUGAUUCAUUUAUUGUCCAUGUCGCCCGGAUGUUGUCGACCGAGUAUCUUGCACCGUACCAGAAGGGAAUCAUUUAUGUGGAGAGCAUUAGAAUGUGCGAUGCUAUAGCCAAGCACUUCGAUGACUGCUGCUCGCACUCGGAUCUCACUUACGCCUUGAAAAUGGACAACGAGCGCAAGUGGAUGGACUCCCAGUCAGAUGGAUCGCAGGUUGAUUCGUAUCAAUGGAUCGUUGCUACAACGGGCAUGAUCCAUGGCGUGGACCACCCGAAUGUUGGCGCGGUUAUAACAGGUGGAUCCAUUUUCUCCAUCUACAAUAUCUUCCAAGGCGCUGGUCGUGGUGCCCGCGGUACCAAGCCGUCACUCGCAAUUGUGGUCACAGAACACAAUAAGUCGUAUGUUGAUCCAAUACGGGGAGCGGAGGACUUGAUGUGUAUCAAGGAGACCAACGCUUUUAUGGCGACCCCAGCCAAAACUUGCCUUCACCAUCAUCUGUCGCUGACAUUCAACGGGUUUCCGGCCGACUGCAAUGAUCUAAACAAUCUCGUUGAUGAAGCCCAGCCGUGCUUCAACUGCGACCCCCAGCACCCAAUAUUGCGCCGAGUCCUGGCGCUCAGCAAGUUGACUGAGUCGAACCAAGGCACGCAUCCGGGGUCAAGGCCCUCGCACCAGGUGCUCCCCGCCACCGCCCAAGGAUCAGAUCUGGCUAGUAAGACUAUGACUGACGAUGACUACGAUGACACCUUUGGCAACGACAGCAUCAUGAAUAUAGAUCCUGCUGCGUUGGACGAAUGCCUCAGGAUGUUCAGUGAUGACACGAAACCUACUUCCGUUGCUUCCACACCCCAGACUUCGACCUCUGUCUCAUCGAUUCAUCCCGUUCUUCCCCUUCUUCCGCCCCCAUCGCCGCCAGCCCAUACUUCGAAGCGCACGAUUGAUCAGACGCAGCCAACUGCCGCUCAACCAGCGCACAAGCGCCAACGUUCUUACGCAGCUCCUCCAAACGCUCUGAAACAGCAGUAUCAGCCUUCAACCUCCACUUCAUCGAUUCAACCUCUGAUAAAUAAGCAUCGUUGUGACGCUUCCACGCCAACUCGUCCAAACGAUCAACAAUUGCGACAAGCUCCAAAUCGAACGGGAAUGCCAGUUCUGAUGGACCAUGCUCGUCACCGGGAUCAAACGAUGAGGAAAGAGCAGAAGUACCAGCUGCUAGCCUCGAUCUGUCUUCGUUUGCAGCAUAAGUGCGCAGUCUGCUGGAUAUGGCAUGGCCGUGAUGCCCCCAAAGACCACACUGUCUUUACCGGCUGCAAAUCGGCGGAUGGAGAGUUCAAUGGUCACCUCGCAGGCUCCACGAAACUUCGCAAUGCCAUGCAUUACACAGUGAAAUACACCUACUGCUUUAGGUGCCAUUUACCGCAAUCUGACCGCCCUGCGGGAGGACUGUUCCUGCCUCCCACGCACGGAGUGAUCAAUCAGGCGCAGAAUCCGACAUGUGGCGGGUUGGCGAAUGUAGUUGUGCCGCUCGUCUGGUACAUCUGGUCAACACCUAGUGUUUUGACAUCAGCAGUAAAACAGUUCGGUGGGUGUGGACUGAUGGAGGGUAUGUCGCUCAAUGACCUAGGUAAAUGGCUUGUUAAGCAUCAAAAUGCUGAAUGCUUUAGCAAUGCCAUCGAACUAGUGCUUUGGCUAUGCCAGCCGAAACUGGGCGACUAA